AAAAGCUGACCUCAUGUGCUGCCAACCGCGAACAUGUGUACACUAUGGAUUACUCCGUACUGCAGUAGUGUAGUGAUGAUGCAAAGAAUACCGCGACCGUGGAUGUCCCCGAAAGCACAUGCCAACUUCCUGCCGGAGCUUGAGGCAUUUUAUAUUGCACAAGCAGCCCGCGGAACGGGCUCUUUUGUCUCUGGUCUUUGCAUUUCCAUUGUUGACAGUCACUCUGUUGGCCAGCACUCACUUUGCCCGGUAACGGCCAGUUCAGUUUGAGAAGACAGCGGUGCCCCGGUCGAUGCCGCUCAACUACCGCUGAAAGACAGACUCAGCUGUGGAUGGGAAUUGCAGUCGCUGAAACACAAUGGCCAGCAACGGCAACUUCGAUCUCGGCAGCCUCACUGCGAGCCAGCGGGAGGCCCUCCAGCAAUACACCGAUGUGACCAGCCAGGAUAUCAAGGAUGCGAUCCCGCUGCUCGAGAGGUCGCAGUGGAAUGUCCAGAUCGCGAUCGCCAAGUUCUUCGACGGCGAAGGCCCCGAUCCGCUUGCCGAAGCCCAAGCCGCACACCAGAACCUCCCGCGUACAGCUGCAAGGCAUGAUAAUCUGCAUGAAAGCUUCCUGAAUGUCGACAGUCGACCGUACCGAUCGUCCACCCGGCGCCUGACAGAGCCUGCGCCCCGCGUAGUACCGUCGCCGCCGUUCCUCUACAGGACCCCCUUCCUGGUAACAGUCCUGUUUGCGCCUUUCCGGUUAGGAUACACCGUCUUCGCCGCUGUCUUCAAUUCGCUGUUGUACUUCUUGUCCUUCCUUCCGCUGUCGCUGCGGCCGCGGUUCGUGGCAACCUCCAUCACCAAGGGCUUGAGGCAGACCAACGGGCGAAGGGUGACACUUCCCACGGAAACGGCACAGAGGUUCCGGCGCGACUUUGAGGAGGAAUACGGGCCGCAGGCGCUCCCCUUCUUUGAGGGAGGUCAUGCCCAGGCGUUGGAUACGGCCAAGAGGGAUGUCAAGUUCCUGUUGACGGUUUUGCUCUCUCCGGAGCACGAUGACACCGAGUCGUUCGUCCGGAACACGCUGCUGUCGCCCGAAGUUCUGAACUUCAUCAACGACCCCGCCAACAACAUCAUCCUCUGGGGAGGCAACGUGCUCGACUCGGAGGCGUACCAGGUGGCCCGGGAGUACAACUGCGUCAAGUUCCCGUUCUCGUGCCUGGUCUGCCUCACGCCCAAGGAAGGUAGUACCCGCAUGGGUAUCGUCAAGCGCUUGGUUGGCCCCAUGACGCCGGAGGCCUACCUCGCCGGCAUUCAGAGUGCCAUUGCCAAAUACGGUCCGGACCUCAACGGCGUCCGGGCAGAGCGCGCCGCGCAGGAGAUGGCACGCAAGCUCCGGUCUCAACAGGACUCUGCGUAUGAGAGGUCACUGGCGGCGGAUCGGGAGAGAGCACGCCAGAAACGGGAGGCGGCGGCGGCGGCAGCUGCUGCGGAAAAGCGCGCGCGGGAGGAAGCCGAGGCAGCCGCACGGCUGCAGCAGCUGCGACAGAAGUGGAGGGAGUGGCGGGCAAGCACAGUGGCGCCGGAGCCCGAUGCGGCGACGAAGGGCGUUGUCCGCCUGGCGCUGAACAUGCCCGCCUCAUCCGGCGCCGGGCGCGUGGUUCGGAGGUUCACAAGUCAAACCACCACGGAGGAGCUCUACGCCUUUGUGGAGUGCUAUGACCUCCUGGGGCAGCAACGCGGCGAAAAAGCGCCCGAGAAGCCCGAGGGCUACGAGCACAAGUACGCAUUCCGAAUCGCGUCGGUCAUGCCUCGGGAGAUACUAGAGCCGAGUGCGGCCACGACGCUAGGAGAAAAGCUGGGCAGGGGAGGCAACCUCGUUGUCGAGGACAUAGACCCUGAUGACGAGGACGACGAGUAGAACAAGGCUGCAUCGGUGGCACGCCAUGGAGAAGGCGGUUGGCAGCGUUUGUGUGGCAGUGUGCACAUGCAUGUCCAUGUACACGUGUAUGUAACGUUAUACAAACCUGCGUCAUCUAGGCUUCCUUUCAUCCAAGGAAGACAUGAGUUCCGGUGCUAUCGUGUAGGUAUUUCGAAGUCCGUUGCAUGCAAAGACUACAAGAGGCCAUCCCAUGAAGCCUCAGGUGACCGUGAUGUGAAACUCCUCCGUGGGUUAGUUAUCUUAUCAGUGGCCCCACUCGCAGCAUGCCCGCGACCG